AUAUAUAUAUAAGGUUCCCGACAGUUGACAUACAUACUUGCUUUUUACAGGACGAAGUGAUUUUACUUCGCCAUCAUUUGGUGAUUAAUCAUCCAAACAUGAUAAAGUUGUACGGAUUCUGUUAUGAAGUUGGUCAUCUUGGCGUUGUUUAUGAUUUCAAUCCAUUUGACUCCGUUUAUAACCUCGUUCUUAAAGAUGAUUUCACUUGGCUGCAAAGAAUCAAUGUCCUCGUGCGAUUUGCUUCACUCCUUGGUUUUUUGCACACAAUAAAGAGUCCUUACAGACCUUUAACAGUUCGCAAUCUUGACUGUGCUCAUAUUGUUCUUGACAAGGAUUAUAAUCCAAAAUUAUGUGAUUUUGGUCUCGUAACUGGUGGGAUUUUCCCUGAUAGGGCCAAAUAUAAAUGCUGUCGUGUGAUUGGAAGCUAUGGCUACUUGGAUGUUGGUUCAUGGUUUGAAGAUCAUGCUCCGGAUAAGCCAGAUGUCUUUGCAUUUGGGAAUAUACUUUUGAGUUUGAUUUCAAAGAGAGUUUUCACCGAACAAGACCGGCAAAAUCUUUCACCAUAUGUUUUCAAAUGGGCCUACACGAAGUUUUUGGAAUAUAAAUAUGGUCCAGAUAGUGACUCGGAUAAAGAUGAUUCAGAUCGCGACUCCUCGAAAAAACAUGAUUCGGAUCUUGACUUGAAAAAUGAUGAUUCAAAUAGUGACUCCUCGAAGAAAGAUGAUUCAGAUCGUGACUCGAAAAAUGAUGAUUCAAAUAGUGACUCCUCGAAGAAAGAUGAUUCAGAUCGUGACUCGAAAAAUGAUGAUUCAGAUAGUGACUCGAAGAAGCCCAAGUUUUCGCUCGUCCACCAAAGUCUAGUAGAGGAACCCGAUUUUGAUCCUUCUGAUGGGCCCAAGAUUACUGCACUCGGAAUGGAUUGCACACAUAAUGAUUUAGGUAAGCGCCCCACAAUGAAGCAAGUUCUAAGUUUUCUCCUCAAUCUCGAAGUUGUGAAGAAACAUGCCACAAUUUCGCUUGUGUGAAAAUGUCCUCCGAUGGUAAUUGAUUUUUGGAUUGACUUAGAAUUACUAUUGUCUAAUUAAUUUAUCGUAUUGAAUCAAUGAAUUCUAGUAGAGGUACAAUUAUUGGAUUGACUUAGAAUUACUAUUGUCUAAUUAAUUUAUCGUAUUGAAUCAAUGAAUUCUAGUAGAUGUACAAUUAUUGGAUUGACUUAGAAUUACUAUUGUCUAAUUAAUUUAUCGUAUUGAAUCAAUGAAUUCUAGUAGAGGUACAAUUAUUGUUUAGUAAAAGGUAUUUUGUGUAUGAUGUGUUUGGUGUUUCAAAACAACCGUUGUUUUCA